AUGUCGACCGCGGGGGAUUGGAUCCUUGAGAAUCCAAUUCUGUCCUAUCUGCAAACAUUAAUCGCAACCAAGAAGAAUCUUCCCCAUGGGCAACCAGUGGCCGCAUAUGUCUCCCAUAGCCACACUGACUCGGCUUCACUUCUGCGGCUGGCCGCAGAAUUGGGCCCCCACAUUGCCAUCUUACAGGUGCCAGCCGAAGUCAUUGACGAUUGGGGCAGUGACACAGUUGAUGAAUUGCAGUAUCUCGCCCGAAAACAUGGAUUUCUACUCUGGGAAGGUAGCAAGAUUCUGAACUCACUGGUUGGGUUUAUGGGCCGGGGCGAUGCGCCGCUGGAGACGCGCCAAGCGCUUUCCGAAUUGAUCAAAAAAUCAUACGCCAGUGGUCCGAUAAGAACGGCAACUUGGGCCAACGUGGCCACUUCGUGGGCCCCCGCCGUGGCUGUCAAUCAACAAGAAAAGGAUGCCUUAAUCCCGACCUUGCGGACUGCGGCCCGCGAGGCGGUUGCGACAACCGCAAAGACCAUUCGGACGGAGAUUUCCGUUGACAGGAAUGAUGACUCCUCCGAGGAUGAAAUAGAAGUAUCUGUUUCAUCUGAGUCAACAAGCAAUGGCUGGAAAGAGUUUAGCCCCGACAAUAUGGGUGGCGCGCUACGCAAAUCGUCAACCAUCUCAGUCACGGAAUACAAGACACCUCAUCCCGAUAUCCAACCAGAGAACGGUGUUCCAGCCCCGCCCACAUUCGCCCGCAGUAUAUCGCUCUGUUUGCCCAGUUCCAUUAACACCGGUUUCAAGCCAGAGUUCCGCCAGAGUACGAUAAUCGCCGCAUUGGCCAACUCCGACUUCGUCCUGGGUUUCGCCACCAGCGAGCCCUUCUUCGUCAACUACCGAGGCAAUGAUAUAUUUGAAUUGGCCUUAAUGGAUGGCUGUGGGGUCGCCCAAGAAGGCAUGGACUGCUCUUUACUCGCCAAUUCGCCUUAUGCCGAUAUGCAGGGCUCAGUGGCUAUAUUCUCACUCAUCCCACCCCCGCUCGGCAACGAUUUUGAAUAUGACCCCAACUUCAAGCCCAAUGGAAUGGCUAUGAGUGAUAGUGAGGUCCCAGCUUCGGCGCAAUAUCUCCACCACAUCGUCGGUCAGGCAGUCGCCUUCCGGGAGCAGCGUCGACAAGAGCAUCAACCCAAUGGAUCGAGCAGUGAACAAGUCGGUCCUAAUCUCUUGCAUUUCCCAGCGGUUAUUAUUGCAUAG